CGACCCGAACGUUCAAUCCCCUGAACUGAAAAUGGUUGCGAUCUAUAAAUCCUCAUCUUCAACGCCUCCAAAGGCGUUUCAAAAUUCUACAGAGAGUUUCUGGCGGUUUUUCUCAUCUGGUUCUCGGCGGCGAUGGGUAUUUUGUCGGCGUUUCUUUUCCCACCGCCUCCUUCCACGUUCGUAAACGUUAUGACGGUGGUGAGCUCGACGGCGAUGGGGAUGGCAGGGAUUUCAGAGAUUAAUGGUAAGCAUUUGCAGUAUUCCAAGUUCUGGAAUGCGAAUAGUUCUCCGAAAGCUCCAUCGGAGGAACCUAAGCUUUCGUCCAAAUAUGGAAUGCUCUUGGCUUAUACGCCGGCAUUUCUCGCCGGUGCGGCGUCGUUUUGGUUCUUUCCAAGCGACAAUGAGAGGAUUCUUGUGCUUAAAGCUGCUCUCACUCUCCAUUUCUUCAAGAGGAUCUUCGAGGUUCUGUUCAUUCACAAGUACAGCAGUAAAAUGGUAUUCGAUACAGCAAUCAAAAUCUCGUUCAGCUACUGCUUGUCCACAGUGAUCAUGAUAUACACACAGCACCUAUCACAAGGACUUCCAGAGCCGCCCAUUGAUCUGAAAAACAUUGGGAUUGCUUUGUUUCUGAUAGGCAUUAUCGGGAACUUCUACCACCAUUUUCUCUUGUCCAAAACCAGAAAACCGGGAGAAACAGGGUACAAAAUCCCCAAGGGAGGCCUCUUCAGCCUUGUCAUCUGCCCUCACUAUCUGUUUGAAAUCAUUGAGUUUUUUGGAUUUGCUUUCAUCUCUCAGGAACUCUAUCCCCUGUGCUUCAGCACCGGCACCGCCAUUUAUUUGGCUGGAAGGAGCUAUGCCACAAGGAAAUGGUACGUCUCCAAAUUUGAAAACUUCCCCAGCCAUGUCAAAGCCCUGCUCCCUUUUGUGUUUUAGAACCCUUCCUUUCUUCAUUUCAUAAAAGCUACUUAUGUUUAUGCUUUACACAAUUAAGUUAGGCUCAUACUACUAUUGUAUUAGUUCCCUUAGGUUGUGAUUCUGUUUAUCACUACAAUAGUAGAAGGUAAAACAGUUGGAUAUUUGUUCUUUACCUG